AUGGUCAACUAUCCGCAAAAGAAACGCAAGCUCUGCGACAUCGAAGGGGAUGAGAUUCCACAGCGAGCAACUACAAAACGCAAGCUCUGCGAUAUCGAGGGGGAUGAGAUUCCACAGCGAGCAACUACAAAACAAGCUCCCGUUUCCGGGUUGCUCAUCAAGCGCCUCUCGAACAAAGCGAAGCUGCCAACUCGUGGGUCUCCUCUCGCGGCGGGAUACGAUUUAUACAGUGCGGAAAGAAAAACCAUUCCGUCGCGUGGCAAAGCUUUGGUGGAUACUCAACUCUCGAUCGCCGUGCCCGCAGGCACGUAUGGCCGGGUCGCGCCUCGAAGUGGAUUAGCGUCGAAAUUCAUGAUUGACUGCGGCGCUGGUGUCAUUGAUGCCGACUAUCGGGGUGUUGUCUUCGUCCUCCUAUUUAAUCUAUCAGACAAGGAUUUCCAAAUCGAGGAAGGCGACAGGAUAGCUCAACUCAUUUUAGAGAGAAUUGUAACACCAGAAAUUAUCGAAGUCACGGAUUUGGAUGAGACGCUGCGCGGAGUUGGUGGAUUUGGAUCAACCGGUGGCCACAAUGCUCUUGAAUGUCGCACGAAUAGUUCCACUUAG